GAAAAUUAUAUAAGUGUAGGAAGAUCCGUUUAAAUUGAUUAUUUUCUUAAUUUUUGUUUCUUUUACAAUCUCGCUUGUUUUUUAAUUAUUUUAUUAUUUUAUUAUUUUAUCCGAGUAGUUGAUUAAUAUAAUUAUGGCAACACUUAAUCCUUUAUUUUUAUCACCAUUCAAGUCUAGUUCAAAGAAAUAUGUAUAUUCAUUUGCCGGACUAGCUGCAACUGCUGUUUUUGCAGUUGCAUAUAAUGAGAAUGAAAAACGUUCUUAUCAAUAUAAAUUCAAUAACAACUAUAGUAAUAAUAAUAAUAGUAAUAAUAGUAAUAAUGGCAGUAGUAAUUUAUUUAAAGCAGGAUUUUUUGGAUUUGGAGCAGCAAGUUCACCAAUUAUUUCAAACUGGCUUGCUACUGAAACCACACAUACAUUUAAUGAUUAUCAAAAGAUAUAUAAUCAAAUUGCCACGAAAAUACAAGAAGAAGAUGAAUGGGAUGGAGGUAUUGGAUAUGGACCAGUAUUAGUUCGAUUAGCCUGGCAUUUAUCUGGAUCUUACGAUAAAGAUGAUUAUUCAGGUACUAAAGGAGGAUCAUAUGGGGGUACAAUGCGUCAUAAAUAUGAAGCUAAAGAUGCUGGAAACAAUGGAUUGGUUCAUGCUCGAAGUUUUUUGAAUAAGAUCAAACAAGAUAAUCCAUUUAUCUCAACGGGCGAUUUAUAUACCCUUGCGGGAAUAGUUGCAAUUCAAGAGAUGAAUGGACCCAAAAUUGGAUGGAGAGCAGGUAGAAAAGAUUUACCACCAAAGAACCAACCACCUCAUGGCAGAUUACCAAAUGCUACGCAAGGUGCCGAACAUGUUCGAGCAGUGUUUAAUAGAAUGGGGUUUAAUGAUGAAGAAAUGGUUGCAUUGAUUGGAGUCGGACAUGCUAUUGGUAGAUGUCAUAAGGAGAAUUCAGGAUUUACAGGGCCAUGGACCUUUUCGCCCAACAUGGUUACCAAUGAGUUUUUCAAGUUGAUUUUGAAUGAAAGAUGGGAGAUCAAACAACAUUAUGAUGGAAAUACGCAAUUUGAGGAUUCCAAGACACAUUCAUUAAUGAUGUUGCCAACGGAUAUGGCAUUGAUAUUUGAUCCAAACUUUAAGAAAAUCAGUGAGAUUUAUUCAAAAAAUGAAAAUUUAUUGUUUAAAGAUUUUGCAAAUGCAUUUAAGAAAUUAUUGGAAUUAGGGAUUGAAUUUCCAAAGGACACACCAACAUGGUAUUUCAAGACUUUAGAUGAACAAGACGAUUAAGGAUGAGUAUAUAAAUGAGAUAAUGAUAUUAGCUAAUAUAAAUAUUUACGAUUAUAUAAAAAAUUAAUAUGUAUAAAUACUAAUAUAUAUACAUGGGAGUACAUUUUGAAUUUAUUAAGACAGUGA